GAGAACCGCUGACGAUUGCGACAAUGACGACGAAAACCAUUCUUUGGUGCUUCCUCCAAACCAUGAAGUGACGGGCCAAAGAGACCCAAUCUGUGGAUCAAACAACAAAACAGUCGGGCACUAUUUUAUUUCUGGACCAUGCGAUUCACGGGCGUUCUCCUCUCCUUGCUGCUGGGCUUUUCUAGCACCUUGGGCUUUCAAGUUGGCGGCGGAUUAUCAUCAAGCAGGAACAAUGCUGCUUCCACCAAGCUGUUCUCCCUUCAGACAUCCCAAGUCGAUAUCAGUACGGGAGCUCCUCGAAACUAUGACGGUCUGAUCAACUGGGCCCAAUACUAUGGAUUGAGUACCGAGAAUACCUUUCAAGUCACAACGCAAUCUGGAGAUUGGGGUGCCAUUGCCGCGCAACCAGCAGCGGCGGGAUCUCGAGUACUGUUUGUUCCUGCCAUGUGUCGACUGACAUCGGAUCGAAUUCGCACCGAAGAGUUUGCCGAUAUGGCACCCUACAUUGCCCAAUAUUUUGACAAUGCGGACGGAAACACCAAGGUUGACUUGGCCUGUCACUUUUACCUCUUUUUGAAAGUUUUGCAAGAAUAUGACCUCGGUGACCAAUCGCCCUUCUUUGGUUGGUUGGAUGCCCUCCCACGCAAAUUCUCCACGGCUGUGACCUUCAGCGACUUUGAAGUGGACUGUUUGCCUCCCUUUGUCAAGUACCUGGCCAACACCGAUCGCUACAACUAUGGAUUGUUCUUGCAAGUCCUGCAACAAUUGAAUACCCCCACCAUUUCGGAGAAUACCAAGUACAACAUGGAAGUCACCAAAUGGGCCUUUAAUGUGGUCUUUACCAGAGCCAGAGUCGUCUUUGGUGAGGCGGAGAUCAUUCCCAUGUCCGACAUGAUCAAUCAUUCAGCUGAUUCCAAUAUUGAUGUGCAGUAUGAUGGAGAAGGCAACGUCCAUGUCACUCUGCUCAGAGACGUCCAAGCAGGAGACCCCUUGCACAAGUGUUACGGUCAACCAACGAACCCGUCUCGUUUUCUUGCUACCUAUGGCUUUUUCGAUACCACACCACCUGCAACCUACUGCAAAUUAUUCACUGGAUGGGAGGCCACUCCCGAGCUCAAAAACCUCGGCUUUGAUUUUGAACGAAUGGUCUUUUACGUGGAGAAUGGUGCUAUUGCCGACGAAGUGUGGGAUGUCAUGCUCUAUAUUACCUUGGAAAAGACGGACCCAGCUCAGCAACAGCAGUUCUAUCAAGCCCACAUGGCAGGAGACGCCCAAGCCAAGGCACAGCUACAUCAAUACUACUUGCCACAAACUUGCAAAGGACUGUUGGACCACGUCAAUGAAAUGCUGGAAGAGAUUUCAGAUUGCGAAGCGACCUUGGACAAGAGCGGCUUGGGAUCUGUUCAUGAACAUUUGCCCAUGAUUCGAAGGCACAAUGAUUUCGUUCGUCAAACAUUUACAAAGGUCAAGAAGAAUCUGGAACAAAUGCAAGCUGGUGUGUAGACUCUCUCUACAUGUACUAUUUGCUAACAAUGAAAAAUAGAAUACAGUAGUACCCUGUCCGGUAGAGUUUUGCGUUUUAUUUAUUUGCUGAAUGCUCUGGUAACGUAGCAAAACAUUGGCCGUUGCACGUAGGAAGACUUCAAAAAUGCAGAGCUGACUCCGAUACAGACGUAAAAUAUUGGCUGCUGCUGGCUCCAGAAGUACUACAAGGACAACGUGUGGCCGCUGAUUCGACUCUCAUCGAGGCUCUGAACGGAUGAUGGAGAGUUCUGAGGCCUCGAUGUUAGUGCAAAGAAACAAGUCAUCUGCAUGAAGUCUACCGUACCGGAACUUGAAAGAGGCUUUGUGGCUGGCUGGAGAAGUGGAAGCAACGUGUGACCUCUGACUACCGGUAUCACUCCCUUCUUCGUGUGAGGCUCUGGAUGGAGAUGCUGAUCAUGGUUGAUCUGUAAGAAACUAAGAGUCUUCACCUAUACAUACAUGCAUGUGCAUCCAACAUGCCACCAAGUCAUCUCUAAUUUGUGUUCCGGGUCUCUUAGGAGACGAGCUUGCCGUUGUUUUUACUAUUUGUGGUUAGGAAAGUGGUACCAAAAGCCCCUAAUUGAUCCAG